UCACUGUCAUCAUCAUAAUCAUAAUAAUCCUUUAUUAAUUUCUUAUUUCUUGUUGACCAAAAUUCAUAAUCAGAUGCUAAACAAUCCAACAUCCAACACAAAACCAUGUAUAACCUCGGCUGCGCCGUCGACGGUAGUCUCAACGAGUCAAAAUUCAGUGAUCCUAUGCCAUGGGUCGGCGUUUAUGUAGUAGCAGCAACAAUCGCCUGCGCAACCGCCAUGGCCGCCGACGCCUUCCAUAGUUUCCGGCAAAGAAAGUUCUGGUUUCCUUGCAAACUCUUCUCAAUCAACGCUACAACACUAACCCUCAUAGGCGUUUCAAUUAAACUAACCGUAGAUCUAAAUUCCUCCAUGCCUCGCCGUCAAGAUCAACUAGCUAAACUCAGCAGCUCCGCCUUCAUCUGUACAAUAAUGGGUAAUUCAAUGCCCGCUCUGGGUACGAUGCAGAAUAGCGAAAUCAUGGCAAAUGUUAUGGCUUUGAUUAUUCUUGUAAUCACAGCUGUGGCUAACAUCUGCAUCGAAUUGGGUACAGGUGUGAUCUAUCUUUUCUGGAAAGAACAUAUUGUUUUGAUGAUUCUUAUGUUGGUUUUGCUUGGGAUUUACUGUUCUUCAGCUAUAACAGUUCCUGCUACAAAAUGUUAUUUCGAUUUGAAAUAUCGUAGAAAACAUUUGUUAGCUGUUAAGGAAUGUUCAUUGAUAACAAGAGAUGUUUGUACAACUAAGAAAUUGAAGAAUGAUUUGACUAAAUAUUGGGUUAUGGCUCAUACAUGUAGUCCUCAAUUCGUUUUAGGGCGGCUCGCGACAUGUACAGCUGCUGGAGCUUUUACCCUUUUAGCUGCUUUGAUUCUAGCUGAAGCUAUUUUUCGAUCUUACUUCAGUCCACAAUCGUUUAGAUUCUGUAAAGGGAAUUCUGAUUAUAAAUGGUCGAUUACUUCCAUUCUUAUAACACAAACGAUUGCGGUUAUGGUUGGUACUAUUGCCCCGGCUUUUAGAUGGUUCAUGGCUAUCAAUUUCAGAUGUCCUAAGAAAGCAAGUAGAGCUUGUGAAUUCAAAUUGAAAGUUGAAGGGUAUUGGAUUCAACAGUUGAAUCAAUGGAAAGAUUGCCCUUUUAUUUCAAGAAUCAAGAGUCGUCGUCUUAGAAAGCUUGCGCAUGCUUUGAAGAAUGUUGUUUUCGAUGUUUGUAUUUCGACACAGAAAGGGAUUGUUUUGAUGAGUAAGAUUGUUCGCUUGAUUUCGAUUUUCUCUGCAGGAAAGUUACUAGCUUGCCAUCGUUUCUUCAAGAAAUUGAUUAGUUUUUUCAAGUGUCAUAACAAUGUUUGGAAUGAUGAAGAAACGGAAUCGAAUCAGAAUAUUGAACUUGGCAGAUUCGUGUUGCAUCUAGAAGGGGAGGAAGUUCUUGUUGAUUUGAUUUUAGAAAACGAUAUGGAGGUUAAUGAAAAAUGGAUUGAAUCGGGGAAAACAGAUGAACCGAAACAUCUACUUAAAUUACUCGAGAAAAGCAGAGCAUCUGAGAAAUUCAUAGGUGUGAAUGAAUUAGACAACCAUAUUAUUCCUCCUCUCGAACUCGAAGAACCAAAGAACUCAUGGGCGCUCACAGUCGUAACACUAACCACAAUUGCAGUAACCAUUCCAAAUAUCGAUCAAGAUUUGACAAAGCAAUUGACAAGAAGUGUACACGAAGGUUUAAUCUAUGUCAGACUAGUAGAAGAAAAUCUAAAGACAAACGAUGAUCUUUUAAAAGUCAGGAGAGCUGCUGAAAUCACAUGGAUAGGAGUUGAUCUCCAUCGCAAAUGGUUAGAUGUUGAUAUCAAACAAAUCUCCGAAGAAUCAAAAACCCCAGAAGGGAUUCUCAACAAACUUGCUGAAACAGGAAAGAAAAUGUUCUUCGAUGUAAUGGAGAAGGAUAAACUAAGAUGCUUAAAGGAAGGUCCUUCAGAAUGGGAUGUUAGAGCUUUAGCAGCCAAUUCAAUGUAUAAAAUUGCAAGUGCUGUUAAUCUGGAUUAUGAAACUAAAGAUUACGACGGUGGGGAAAGAUUGUUUGAGCGACUGACAGUGAUGAUCUCCGAUAUAUUAGCAGCUUGUCUUACAAAUUUGCCAAAAGUUAUACCAAUGGAAUGCAAUCGGAGUAGUAUUGAAGAACGAGAAGGAAGUGUUCAUCGUUCUUUUCUUCUUUUGGGGAAAUUGCAUAAGAUUAUCGAAUCCCUUGAUGGGGUUUCGCUACCAAGUUUAGAACCGGAAGAAUUGGCUUGUAUUGAUGGGUGGAGGAAAUUGAGCAAUAUUAAGAAAGAACAGGUGAUAUCAUCUGAUCAUGUUUACCUAUGUAUUGAAUAGAGAAAUGUUAAUAGUUUUGUAUGUUUA